UGCAGUCUGGACGGAGCAGAACCCGUGACGUAAGCGAUCACCAUUCUACUGUGCGGACAAUCAAUAAACAUCUUCUGCAAAGUGACAACAAAACCAUAUAUCGAGCAUUUUUGAGAUAUUAAAUACAAUUAUGGACUCCACAGCGACCAUAGGAGGGUUCGUCAGCACUCUCACUGAGAUGGGCUUCAGUGAGGAUCAGAUACAGGCGGCGAUGCAGGCCGGAUUCUUCUCUGUACCAGAAGCAGCUGAAUGGCUUUUGCAGGGUGGGAGUCCACGGCAUAAACUAGUCAAGCAGCCUUCAGGUCCUUUAGAGACGGCAUUUUCUGCAUUUAACCCUCCCAAAGAUGCUCUCUGCUCCAACAACAACUCACAGCCUGACGAAACAGGUCCUUCAUUGGUCUUGGCACCACCUUCUGUGAACGCUCCCACAGCAAAAGAGCAUCCACCCCUGGAAACACGGAUCAAGCAGGAUAAGAGUAAUUUCCACGAGCAGCAGAGGCAGCGAGUGGCCCAAGAGGCGCGGGCAGAAAAGAGACAGAAGAAGCAGGAGCGUGAGUUGGUAUUGAAGAGGAUAGCAGAGGACCGGCGCAGUCAGCAGGAGAAGACCCAAAACGAAGCCACGGCCGAGACCUCUCCAUCCAGUGGACAGGGACAGAGACUGGGUGGACGUGUAGAGACCAGCUUGGACAACCACUGCAUCCUUAUGAUUCGUCUUCCGUCUGGAGAAUCAAUGCGUGAGCGUUUUCCUGCUGACACUCCCUUAAGUCACGUCGUCGAAUACAUUGCCGGCCGCCACCCUUCACUACCUGCUUUUUCCCUCCUGCAAGGGUUUCCUCGAAAGCGCUUUGGGGAAGCUGAGCUAACCUGCUCCCUCCGGUCUCUGGGACUGACUCCCAACGCUGCACUUUGCAUACAGACCACACCCCCAGAAACGCCUCAGGACCCGCCUAGUCCAGCGUCCCGAUUGGCUGUUGUAGGGCAGGAGGAGGCGGAGCCGGAGCCGGAGCCACAGGAAGAGCCGGUGGCACCACCGAAUGAGCAACCCCAAGUGGAGGCCAGAGCUUUAGAGGAACUGGAGAUACCUCCACCUCUGCCCCAUCAGCUGUGGGAGGAAGCAGUGGGUACACUUUUGCUUCUGACAGGACGAGGCCAUAAACUGGUGCAAGGUGAAGCAGAAAAUGAAGAACAUUUGGAAAAUGAGGAGCAACCAGAAGAAGUAGUUGUACCUCCAUUUAAUCUCAAUGGACUGCCACGGUUGCCCUUCUUCCUGGAGAACAGGGGAAGAGCAGGACUGGAGCCGAGACAUCACUGGCCGGAGCAGGGCAACAGACUCCGGGGGGCGGAGCCUGAUGACCCAGCAGACCCUGAGGAAGGCCGUGUGUUGCGUGGAGCUGCGGGUCAAGCAGCGGUAGAGCGUUUACAGCGAGCCGCCCAUCACGACGAGCAGCCGUCACCACACGGGCAUCCGUCGCCCCCCAAAAAAGCCUUCAAGACCCCCCGCGUGCCCCCUCUCUGCUCGAUGGCCACCAGGGCCACCGUUUCCCUCAUGACAGCUCCCAGCAUGCAGUACAGCAGCAGCCUGGCGUGUUUGACUCCAGAGCUGGCCGAACUCUUGUUGGCUCAUAUGGCACGUGAACGUCUCCUUCGACCACGUACGCUGGAGCUGUUCUUUGGCUGCCCGCUGCAAAAGUUCGUCCUAAACUGCUACCCGUAUACCACCAAUGAGCUGCUGCGGCAACUGAGGGCGUUUUCCUGCCUCAAACAUCUCAGCUUUGUCAACUCUCCACUCAUCACAGACGCUGGUCUUUCUGUUUUGUCCAACCUCUCCAAACUUCAGCAUCUCAACUUGUCGUCUUGUAGCAAACUAACAGACAGCUGUUUGCAGCAUAUUGCAGGACUGCGCAGUCUGACGUUCCUGGCUCUGGACCAGACCAAAGUAAGCGAUGCAGGUCUGCUGAUGUAUCUGCAGUCAGGUUCUCUUGCGCUGUGUCAGCUCAGCCUCAAUCAUACGGCCAUCACUGAGAGCACAUUGAGAGCGCUGCCCACAUGUGUACCACAGCUACGAAUGCUCAGUAUUAAACACAUCAAGGUGAGUGACGUUUCUGCACUCGCAGAGCUCCAAAACCUGCAGACGCUUCACCUGGACGGCACAGGUGUACAAGAAAAUACUCUCCAGUGCCUAGCAACCCACCCCAGCCUAUCAGCUCUCAGCCUGGCCGGCAUACCAGUCGCCGACGGAAACCACACGCUGGAGAUCAUUUCAGGCCUAAGGCUUACCCAGCUCACCCUGCCUGGCAGACACUCUGUGACGGACAGUGGACUUUCGUUUCUCUCCAGACAGACUUUACUUUUAGAGCUCGACCUGACUGACUACACUCAGCUCACCGACCACGGCAUUACACAGCUUUCCAGCAUGACCAGGCUGAAGAAGCUGUCUCUUAGCAACACUCAGGUGAGUGACAGCGGGCUGCAGGGACUGAUCAGUCUAAAAGAUCUCCAGGAACUGUGUCUUGACCGUACAGCCGUCACCAGCAGGGGCGUUGCAGCCUUGAUCACACACUUACCACAUCUGCAGGUGAUGGGUUUGGCCAGUACACAGGUGGGCGAUACAGUGAUCAGACGAGGUCUAGUUCACUGUCCUCAGCUGCUGAAACUCAACCUCAGCAGAACCAGAAUCACAGAUCAGGGUCUGAAGUUCCUGUGCCGUAUGCAGCUGAGUCAAGUAAACCUGGAUGGCACAGGUGUAACUCUUGUUGGCAUUGCUAACCUGAUCUCUGCCUGCCCUCAUCUGACCAGCGUACGAGCCAGCCAAACCCGCGCCAUACCUCCAGACCAACAGUCUGACGACGACGGCGAUAACGAGAAUGGCAACAACACCACACGAUCCUAGAUGUCUGUGUGUAUUCUUCAAACACGGCCAUAGUACCCUUCAGCUGUUUCUCAGAGCUUCCUUUUUCCAUAAGUAGCACUACAAUCUCACUUGGGUUCGACAAUCAAGUUGAAAUACUUAUUUGAAUGUGGUUACACAGCGUAAUGAACAAAAAGUUCAUAUUUAAUCUGAGUUUUGUCUGGAACUUUAAACGUGCCAUGUAUAUGCACACUUCAAAUUUAUAUUUUCUGUGGACAUUUAGCAUUUUUUGUAAAAUAAAAUUAAUUAAAUAUCAUUUAAAAAUACUGAUGACUUGUAAUACAGUAUAAAAAAAAUUGAAGGCGUCAUAAUUUAGUAAUAAUGAUGCUCAAAUAUUGCUAAUCAACACUUUGCAUGACAGAUGUAGAAGUAUUUGAAUCUUUUACAUUGUGUAUUGCGGAUUUGUGCAUGAACAUGAACAUUAAAAAAUAGGUGUUAAAGGGGUCGUACGAUGUGAUUUCAGAUUUUCCUUUCUCUUUGGAGUGUUACAAGCUGUUCAUGAAUAGAUAAGAUCCCUAAAGUUGCAAA